UUUAAUUUUCAUGAAGAUAUUAUAAAAUAUAUAGAUGGCGUUCUUUCCGUUGUGACGAGUAGUGUUCUAACGAAGAAGAAGUAUAUAUAUAAUUAUUAGGCGGAAGAAAAUGUCGAAGUAACGAUUUAUAUUCAGUUUUUCAGAGUAAGUUUCUUAUAUUAAUACCAAAAAGAAAGUGAACUAUAGCACUUAUAGGUAUGCAUAUCUAAAAUUUUGGUCAAUAAUACGUAAAGUAGUAACACAAGGAUUAUCACAUGAUUUUUAGCAAUUUCAUUGAUAAUAGUAAUGCUACUUCUAGCCUGAUAGUUUGUAGAAUUUAGGCAGUACAAUUUGAUAUAUUAUCGUGUGAAACAUCUAGUUCUACUAUAAAGUAUUUUUUCUACAAGUAAUUUUAUUUUGUUGCAAUGGCGCCAAUGUUAAGUAAAUUUCUCCAGUCCAGAAAAAUAUCAGCAUUAACAGCCUCAGCAGUUUUAGCUUGCUGGAUGUGGUAUUUAAAAAUGAAAAGAAGACACAGGAAAGCUCAGCAAGUGGAUGAAGUAGCAGUUGUAUUUGAACAGAAAGAUGCAAAAAAAUUACGUGCUCAUGUAGAUGCGGAAUUCUUCAGACAGCUGAGAAAAAUAUUAAGGAUAAUUGUUCCAGGAUUCUUUACAUCAGAAUUUGGAUUUUUGGUCCUUGUUGCAAGCUCUCUUGUUGGACGAACAAUGUGUGACAUUUGGAUGAUACAGAAUGGAACAAUAAUUGAGAGAGCUAUAAUAAGUAAAGAUAGAGAAUUAUUUGUUAGAAAUUUGCUGUCUUUUAUGUAUGCAAUGCCAUUUAUUUCCCUGAUGAAUAAUGUUCUUAAAUAUGGGCUUAGUGAACUAAAAUUGAGGUUUCGUACAAAACUGUCUCAACAUUUGUACAAUCAGUACAUGCUUGGAAUGACAUACUAUCGUAUGAGUAACCUGGAUACUCGUAUCUCAAAUCCAGAUCAACUUCUUACCCAAGAUGUUGAAAAGUUUUGUAGCUGCUUAACUGACUUGUAUUCAAAUAUUAGUAAGCCUAUUCUGGAUAUAAUAAUUUAUAUUCAUCGUCUUACAGUAGCUGUUGGGGGUGAGGCUCCAACGGUUAUGAUGUUAUAUCUUGUUUUUGCUGGAUUGUUGCUAACUAGACUUAGACGUCCAAUGGGAAAGAUGACAAUGACAGAGCAGAAAUUGGAGGGAGAACUACGAUAUGUGAAUUCUAGAAUUAUAACAAACAGUGAAGAAAUUGCAUUUUAUCAAGGUAACACUCGAGAAAAGACAACUUUGCAACAUGCUUUUGUGAGGCUGUUUGAUCAUGUAAGAGAUUUAUUAGAAUUUCAAUUCUGUAUGGGAGUAAUUGAUAAUAUUGUGGCCAAGUAUUUUGCAACUGUUGUUGGUUACAUUCUCAUUAGUCGUCCAUUUUUUAGUUCAAGGAGUCAUGGAAGUAAUAGCCCGGGAGAAAGACUUGAAGCAUACUAUAAAAGUGGGCGUAUGCUAGUGAAAUUGGCUGAGGCUAUUGGAAGACUUGUGUUAGCUGGACGAGAAAUGACACGACUUGCUGGUUUUACCACUCGUGUGUCACAGCUUAUGAAAGUUUUAAGAGAUUUGAACAAGGGCCAUUAUUUAAGGACAAUGAUUUCUGGUAGUAGCAUCAAAACACAGAACACAAGUAAUAAUAUACCUAAACUAAAAGGAUAUGAUUUGAUUCCUGGGGCUGGACGUAUUAUCACACAAGAUAAUAUUAUCAAGUUCGACAGAGUUCCAUUAGUCACGCCCAAUGGAGAUGUUCUUGUUGAAGAACUUAGUUUUGAGGUAUCAUCAGGUGUGAAUGUGUUAGUCUGUGGCCCUAAUGGUUGUGGUAAAAGCUCCUUAUUCAGAAUUUUAGGAGAACUGUGGCCCACCUUUGGAGGAACUCUAAUAAAGCCUGCCAAAGAAAAACUCUUCUACAUACCACAACGUCCUUAUAUGACACUAGGGACUUUUAGAGACCAGAUUAUUUAUCCAAAUAGUAUUAAAGACAUGCAAAAAAAAGGGGUUACAGAUGAAGACCUUAUCUUAUUUUUGGAAAAAGUACACCUCACUUAUAUUUUGGAAAGAGAAGGUGGGUGGGAUGUCAGCAAAGACUGGAUGGAUAUUCUCAGUGGGGGUGAGAAACAACGAGUAGCCAUGGCUAGACUGUUUUAUCACAAACCUCAGUUUGCCAUCCUUGAUGAAUGCACCAGUGCUGUUAGUGUGGAUGUUGAGGGAUCAAUGUACCAAUAUUGCCGUCAGGUAGGAAUCACACUUUUUACAGUCUCUCACAGGAAGUCAUUGUGGAAGUAUCAUGAGUGUUACCUUCAAAUGGAUGGACAAGGCAACUUUGAAUUUGAGAAAAUUCAAGACCAUACUACAGAGUUUGGGUCUUAAAGACAAACAUUGUAAAUUCACUUGUAAUCAAACUUGCCAAAGUUAUUAUUAGGCAUGGUAGUAUAUUACAGAGUUAAAAUUAUAUUACUCAAAACUGAGAAUCAAUGUCAUGAAUGUAAUUGUUGGCAGUUAACAAGUAAGAACAACAUAUACCCAUUUGAGUUUAUAUUUUAUUAUUAGUGUAUGCAAAGUAUAAACAGACAAAACUGUAUGUUAAAUGGUAAACUUAAUCUUUGAUAAUUAUGAACUUAACCAAUGACAUCUUAGAAAUUAUAUAUCUGAAGAUCUUUCACAUACCAAGACUACAAGUUUUUAACACAUAUAGCAAAACUUGGUCUGGUAGGUAUGCUGCUGAAUUUUUCCUAGGAGAUAAAUGAAAACCUAUUAAAUUACUUUUUAAGUAUCUAGACACACGUGUAGAGUGAGAAAGAAGGGUAUAUCUGAAAGAUGAAAUCCCCCCCUUUUUUUUGUAGGUGUAGCAAGUAUUACUAAAAUUGAAAUUGUAUAAAUGGGGUUAGUAAUUUUUAUUUCACAGCCUGCUCAUUUUAGUUCUUGUAAAAGAUUAUCAUAUUUGAAUAUACAAUUUAGAGGAUAAAUCCUCAUUGUUAAGUGUUUCAGGUAUUACUUAAAAGUGCACAACACAUUUUCUUUUAAUUAAACUGAAGUAUAUAUUAUUGUAAUAGAUGAAAUUUCAUACAGUGUAGUAUGUAUGUUGUGGUAAAGUUUCCAUCAAAUUCGUUACAUAAUUCCAUAUCCAAUGGUACUGGUAUACUUAACAUAUGUGUGGUAAAGUUGAUUAUGUAACAUAUUGUGGUGGUUGUGCAGUUUGUAGUCAUUUUGGGCUCUGGUGUAAUUAUAUUAAUGAAUUUUGGUUAUUGAGUUAUAUUGAAACAUAAAUACAAUGUGCACUUUUAUACUUUUGUUUUAGGAUGGUGUAAUUUAGUUUUAGUUUGUGACCCAUGUUAAAUAAGAAAUCAGAAAAUGGUAUUAUCUCAAGAGUUUGAUAAAGAAGGAACUCAGUAUUUCACUGAGUUAACUUGAUAUUUUUUGGUGUAAGUUUUAACAAUUAAAUUUUAAGAGUAUCAUUCCAUUUUCUGAUUUCUAGUUUAAGUAAGUCUCAAGAUACCUCGGUUACUAUACGUAGAAUUUUCCAUGCUAAAUUAAUAAUUGUUCAUUUUCUUUAGAUGAGGAAAAAAUGAAAUUAGAAAACCUAGCUUUAAACAAAACACAAGAAUCUUCUGUUUUUCAAUUAAAAAUGUUGAUUUUUUUUGGUUAAAAUAUUUGCAGGCUCUCAAAGAAAAAAAAUGAGAGGAAAGACUUGCCAAUUAAAAUUCUGGAUAAUUUUCAUCAAACAUACCCUUGCAAAUACAGCUUUUAUUCUUAAUAUUUCCUGUAUUUUUGCAACAGUUUGUUUCACUAUAGUAUUUAAAUUACUCUUAUUAAAUUAAUAAUAUGCUAAUUCUUUUGUGAUGAAAAAUAAAACUACAGGUUUUUAUAGAAAACUAUUUUAACCUAAGUUGUUCUGUAUUUUGUUUUUCAUUGGGGCAAAAUUUAAUUUUGUUAGUUUUCUUAGCCAUCAGUUGCGUAAUAUUUGUUAGGUAAAGUGAAAAAGAUGUUUUUAGUUUCACAAAUAAAUUCUUUUUGUUGUAAGUUUAAUAUAUAAAAAAGGGGAUAAAUACUUAAGUUGAAAAGGUUGUUUAGUAAUCAAAACUUGUUAAUUUUAAAUUAUCUCGUUUUGUCUGCCUGUGAUUUGAAUUAGUUGCUAGUAUAUCAGUGACCAGUGUUGUAACUUUGGUUUCAAUAAAAAUUGCUCUUUGAAGAGUUUAAAUAUUUUUUCGAA